UUCCACCAACAAAGUCAUGGCCAAUGAAUUUCAAAGGCUCUCCAGAACCAGAGGACCAGACAAGUGAGAGAGAAGAUAGCAGCACUGUGCAGUACAGCACAUUAUUCUGAGACGCGCAGCGCAGACAGUAAAAGCAGUAGCAGCCUUUGGAAAUUGUUAACGUCAUGGAUUCAGCUGUAAAAGCAGAACAAUCAACCACAGUGACACCAGCAACACCAAAGUGAUCAGGGAUUUUGUAACCGAAACUUGAAGAACCAGCCCCAUGAUGGCAUAAUUCUAUACCAUACAUUCUAGAAGCUGAAUUUCGGGGACGGUUCAAGUUCGUUACAGAACACAACAAGUGAAGUGACGGCGAAAGUAAAGGACAAGACAAGAAACUACUCUACUCGUCAUCAUUAUUCAUUAUCAUUACUAGCUAGCUAGCUCGGAUCAUAUAACUGUCUUGUCUGCGCGCGCCGGGUUAUCUCUUCUCUUUAUGGCUGCUGAGCUAUUAUGACCUUCAGCUCUCUCUUUUCUGUUUCUCAUUCUUCUCUGUGUUUAUUGAAUGGCACAUCUGAAGGGUGCUCAUCUCAGAGGCACGACGGAGGAAACAGGUUUGGGAGAUGAUGAUCAGUUGGAUACAGAGCUAUGGAAGCUCUGUGCAGGGCCUCUGGUGGAUGUUCCUCGUUCUGGGGAGAGAGUUUUCUACUUCCCUCAGGGCCACAUGGAACAAUUGCAAGCAUCAACUAAUCAGGAAGGGAACCUGGACUUAAACCAGCAAUUCCCUCAUUUCAAUCUCCCAUCCAAGAUUCUCUGCCGCGUUGUGCACAUUCAGUUGUUGGCGGAACAGGAAUCCGAUGAAGUUUAUGCUCGUAUCACUUUAAUUCCAGAAUCAAAUCAAAGUGAGCCGACAUGUCCUGACUCAACUCAACCAGAGACCCAAAAACAUAAGUUUCACUCUUUUAGCAAGAUAUUAACUGCCUCUGAUACUAGCACUCAUGGAGGAUUUUCAGUUCUGCGGAGGCAUGCUACCGAGUGCCUACCUCAAUUGGACAUGACUCAAGCAAUCCCAACUCAGGAAUUGGCAGCUAAGGAUCUUCAUGGUUUUGAGUGGAAAUUUAAGCAUAUAUUCAGAGGUCAACCAAGGAGGCACUUGCUUACAACUGGCUGGAGCACAUUUGUCACAUCCAAAAGACUGGUUGCUGGAGAUGCCUUUGUGUUUUUAAGGGGAGAGAACGGCGAUCUGAGAGUCGGUGUUAGGCGUCUUGCCCGGCAGCAAAGUCCUAUGCCUUCAUCAGUAAUAUCAAGCCAGAGCAUGCAUCUUGGAGUGCUUGCCACUGCUUCCCAUGCUGUUUUGACUUGUACCAUGUUUGUGGUUUAUUACAAACCUAGGACUAGCCAGUUCAUUAUUGGUGUGAACAAAUACCUGGAGGCUUUGACCAAUAAGUUUUCAGUUGGAAUGCGUUUCAAGAUGAGGUUUGAAGUGGAAGAUUCACCUGAGAGAAGGUUUUCUGGUACUAUUGUUGAUGUUGGGGAUGUAUCUCCAGGAUGGUCAAACUCUCAGUGGCGUUCCUUGAAGGUUCAAUGGGAUGAGCCAGCAUCAAUUCCAAGGCCAGAGAGGGUUUCCUCAUGGGAGAUAGAGCCUUUUGUUGCUUCUACUACUUCAAAUGUCACCGAACCAUUGGUAAAGAGUAAAAGGACUAGGCCUCCUGAGGUUUCAUCUUCUGAAAUUGCUCUCAAUUCUCCUUUUUCAACUUUCUGGUAUCAUGGACCAUCCUUAUCCCAUGAGCCCACACAAUUAGGUGGUGCUGCAGAACCCGAAAACAACGAAAACCGGGUUGUACGGUCUUUGAAGGGACAGAGAGAAAUUAAUGGCAAUCCACAUUUGAAUCUCUCUUCAAACUUUAUUAAUCCUGAACCCAAAAACAACAAAGAUGUUGCAGCAUUAUCAUCUGCCUGUGGUUAUUAUCCUGUUUCAUCUAGGCCAAAUGAUGGUUCAGCACAUGAUCAAGUGGAAAGUGGUAAAAAGACAGAGAAUUCCAUGGAUUGCUGGGUAUUUGGAGUUAAUUUGACUACCACCUUUCCUAAUGUUGACAAAGAACUGGGAUGUCAAGUUAUUAUUCCUAGUGGUCCCAAUGAUCCUCUUCCUAUUGCUGCAUGUGAAACUGAAACUGAGGGUGGUCACAAUCCCAAUUAUUCAGUGUCCAAUAAGGAGCAGAAGCAAAUUAUUUCUGAUGCUUCACUCAAUGAGAGGCAGAACAAGCAGGUCUCUAUACCAUCCUUGAGGACUAGGACUAAGGUGCAAAUGCAAGGCAUUGCUGUUGGUCGUGCUGUUGACUUGACCAUGUUGAAAGAUUAUGAUGACCUCAUAGAUGAGCUUGAGAAGUUGUUUGAUAUUAAGGGAGAGCUUCGAGUGCAAAACAAAUGGAAUAUAGCUUUUACUGAUUAUGCAAAUGAUAUGAUGCUUGUUGGUGAUCAUCCAUGGCAGGAAUUUUGUACCAUUGUGAAGAGGAUUUCCAUUUAUGCAAGGGAAGAUGUGAAAAUGAAAUGCAAGCAUUCUGGUUCUUGGUCUGAAUGUGAAGAGACUUUGUUGAGCCAAGAUUCACAGACCAUAUAAUUUUAGUUCUUCCAUGUCUAAUUGCUUGUCUGAGGGUAAUGGACUUGUUUAAGUGGACUAAUAGAAUCUUUAAGUUUAUUUUAGGCACUUUAUGCUUGUGAAUACCUUGUUUUUUUGUUGGAGGUAGCACUAUCAGCAUGUAAACAUGUAUGCUUUUUGUUUCUCUUGGAUUGUUUGUCUCUAAUGGUUAGGCAUGUUCCUUGAA